AUGGAAGCUUUGGGGAUUAACCUACCCGGCCUGAUUACGCAUGUGGUCAGUUUCCUGAUACUGCUUUUCGUGCUGAAGAUAUUCCUGUACAAGCCCAUCGUGAACAUGCUUGACCAGCGCUCUCAGCGCAUCAGGGAUAGCCUUGAAGCCGCUGAACGCGCAAGGGAAGAAUCUGCGGCGUCUCAGGAAGAGGUGCAGGCGCAGCUUGAAGCCGCCCGCGCCGAAGGCCAGCAAUUCAUCGCUUCCGCGCGAGAAGUCGCGGGCCGCUUCCGCGAAGAAGAGACCGCCAAGGUCAGGCAGGAGAUCGAGGCUGAGCGCUCUCGAGCCACAGCGAAUAUCCAGCGCGAACGCGACACCGCUAUCGAGCAGCUUCGCAGCGAGUUCGCUGACCUGGCGAUAACGGCUGCCGAGCGCGUGGUUGAACGCUCGCUCGACCAGCAGGCGCAUCAGGACAUCAUCGACCGCGUUCUGGAAGAGAGCGACUCUCGAAUAAGUCGCAACUAG